AUGCCUUAAGUGCCCGAGCUGUUUGGCGCUUUUAUCAGAAAUCGCGUAUACGCCGCGUGGUACCAAGUAAUAACUUGACCAAAGCCACUAAGUCGUCAAAGGAACGGCUUAAAACGCUGCUUACAUCUUUACUAAUUUUUAACUUUUCCGGAUAAUCGGGGGAAAUUGAGCUAAAGUUUUGUGUCCGGUUGGCGCCAGUUGGUGGCCAUUGGUGCUGACCAACUUUUGGACUCGAACGAUGACAAACUGAAAAGUAAACUUUGUAAAGAUUCAGCUCCUUACAAAAAUUCAAGUGUAUCUGCGAAAAAUAAAAGAUUUUGAAUCCAAAAAGGACAGAGUUCUGUGGAAAAGUUGCAGUUGCAAUGCAACGCACAAUGGAAAAUCAGCAAAGUGACCUCCAAGUGUACGAAAACAGAAAAUAACUCAAUAAUCAUCGCUGCAGGGUCACCCGGUGGACAGCUAAUUGCAGCUAACCCCAUUGGCAUUUAGCAAACGGAAAAUGCUUCGUGACCGCUGCAACCACAUUGCACCACCACCAGCAUCAGAGCCACCACUACCACGGGAAUCUGCACCGCUGCAGCUGAAGCUGAAACUGAAUCAGAGUCUGCAACUGAAACUUAAGGCAUCCCAGUGGCGGCGACACACGGAAUCCUUGCCAAAUGCGGCAGUCGAGGCGCUGGCAAGUAAAUAAGCGUAAUCCUUUGCGGGCACGUACCACCUCUACCAGCUCUACCGCCUUUGGUAGUUUGGAGUAGCUCGUAAAUAUUUGGCCGAGUCGCAUCCAAAGCAGUCAGUCAGUCAUGGAGGCCAUCAUCAUGACGACCCUGCCCGCCCUGACAACGGAUGCUGGUGACAACAGCAGCUUUUGGCUAACCGGCGCCCUCUCGCUCUCCGAGAUGUUGGCCAACUCGAGCCACGGCCAUUCCACUGGGAGCACAUCCUCGACGGCUGGCAGCUCGGCCACGGAAUCCUCCACGGUGAGUGUGGGCAAGGACCACGACGUAACCAAGCACGUGAAUGACAGCGUUUCCACGGGUCUCAGCAAUUACAGUAAUUACCCCAGCUACAUUCACUACAGGGACAAGUACGACCUGAGCUACAUUGCCAAGGUGAAUCCCUUUUGGCUGCAAUUUGAGCCACCUAAGUCGAGCACCUUCCUCGUGAUGGCCGCCCUGUACUUCCUGAUUUCGGUGGUGGGAUGUGUGGGCAAUGCGUUCGUCAUCUUUAUGUUCGCCAACCGCAAAUCUCUGCGGACUCCUGCCAAUAUCCUGGUAAUGAAUCUGGCCAUCUGCGACUUUCUGAUGCUCAUCAAAUGCCCGAUUGCCAUAUACAAUAACAUCAAAGAGGGUCCGGCUCUGGGUGACAUUGCCUGUCGCCUCUAUGGAUUCGUGGGUGGUCUAAGUGGCACCUGUGCCAUCGGCACCCUCACCGCCAUCGCCCUGGAUCGCUACAAUGUGGUGGUGCAUCCACUGCAGCCGCUGCGACGCUGUUCCCGCCUGCGAUCCUACCUGAUUAUCCUGCUGAUCUGGUGCUACAGCUUCCUGUUCGCUGUGAUGCCGGCCCUGGACAUCGGACUAUCUGUAUAUGUUCCCGAGGGAUUCCUCACCACCUGCAGCUUCGAUUACCUGAACAAGGAGACUCCAGCCCGCAUUUUCAUGGCCCUGUUCUUCGUGGCGGCCUACUGCAUCCCACUGACCUCCAUUGUGUACUCCUACUUUUACAUACUAAAGGUGGUCUUCACGGCGAGUCGGAUUCAAUCGAACAAGGACAAGGCCAAGACGGAACAGAAGUUGGCCUUCAUUGUGGCGGCGAUUAUUGGUUUGUGGUUUCUGGCCUGGUCACCGUACGCCAUCGUUGCCAUGAUGGGUGUCUUCGGCCUGGAGAGGCACAUAACGCCCCUGGGAUCGAUGAUACCCGCGCUCUUCUGCAAGACAGCUGCCUGCGUGGAUCCCUACUUGUAUGCGGCCACCCAUCCGCGGUUUCGCGUCGAGGUGAGAAUGCUCUUCUACGGACGCGGAGUGCUGCGCAGAGUCUCCACCACCAGGUCAUCGUACAUGACCCGAUCCCGAUCGUCGUUCACCCAUCGCUUGAGGACGAGCACCACUGGCGAUGGUGGAAUGGGCAUGGGUGAUCACCGCAUGGAGAACUACCUGAUGAACAACAACCUGAUGAUGGUGCCCGAGGAGACGGAGGAGAACGAGGAGAUCGUCGUGGUGGCCGAGAUCAACAAUUCGGUUAGCAGCGUCAUGGAGCAGAGUAAGUUCUGAAG